AUGUCUCCCCUAGGUUCAAGCACACCGGGCACCUACGUAGCUCCCUCAUUACCAACACCUUCAGCACAGCAUAAGCUGCAACAACAGCGGCGUUAUCGUCGGCACAGAAGUGGAAUACGAGGCUGUAAGAGUAGUCAACAGCAACGGCGCCAGUACCACCACCGACUUCAACCUUCGCUAGAAACCGAGCUGAGUUUAGAGGCAUGGCAAGCGAGUCAGAAUCUCAUUGCUUCACUGCGAAGCGAAAAUCAUCUACUUCAGAACCAGUUGAAGGAGUGCCGAGUAGAGUUGCGCACUGUUCAACGUCAAUGCAAGGUCCAGAGUGCUAGACUCUCAAAGGCAGUAGGACGAGAGGCGGAAAUGCCGGCACUUGUUGAUCGAUUGAAUGCGGAAGUUCGUGCAAUGCAGAUCCAACUAAGACGCAAGCAGGAAGCCAUUGACGUGGCGGAAAGGCGUGCGCUUGAAGCAGAGGCACGACUACUGCCACUGCUAGGGAAACGUAAUCACAAGUCAGCUACCGUCUCGAGUCCUCCUUCUGCAAAUGAACAAGAGGAGAUGAAGAGACGGACUCAAGCGCUAGAUGCUAUGCAAACAACUCUUGAAGAAGAACGACGCAAAUUUCGGGCAAGAAGGUACUGGUCACUGGGUGAUGGAACAACUGAAGGGGAUGUUGGAGUAGAGGCUGCAGAGCGUACGCAUGGUAAAUGGUGCGCAUUAAGCGAUGAUAGACCAUUUCAAUUCGUACUUCACUUACUACAUCUCUGCAAUUUGCAUCGUUGA